CCUGAUCAGCUGUAUUAAACAACAUCAUAUAACACUAUUAUUCGUGUGACGAUCCUGCAUUAUCAACCACAUGGCAGAACAAAGUCGAAAACGUCAGCGGGCAGAGACGACCUCUGACAGCAUCAAAAUGCCAAAGACAACAUUGUCACUGGAGUUGCCCCCUGACAAUAAGAAAUGGGAAGCAAAGCACUUGUGUCAGCACCUGCAAAACUGUCAAAACACAGUUAAAGACAAAAAGAUCACUGUUGCCAUGUUGAAAAAUCUCACAUAUGCUGAGCAGAGAGAACUAUGCAUGAGUAUCACUGAAGAACUGAGCAAAGAACAGGGCAAGGUGUUCAAUGAUCCCAUCCACGGGCAUGUGGAGUUACACCCACUUCUCGUCAAAAUUAUAAACACACCUCAGUUCAACAGGCUACGAAACAUCAAGCAGCUUGGAGGGGCCUACUUUGUUUUCCCUGGAGCGUCCCACAACCGCUUUGAACACUCCAUUGGAGUGGCGUACUUGGCAGGAGAGUUUGCACAAGCUCUAAAAACAAAGCAGCCUGAACUGGACAUCACUGACAGAGACAUCCUUUGUGUGCAAAUUGCAGGUCUUUGCCAUGACCUGGGACAUGGGCCAUUUUCCCAUCUGUUUGAUGGAAUGUUCCUCCCCAAAGCACGUCCAGGUAAAAAGUCGAAGCAUGAGGAGAUUUCUCUAAAGAUGCUUGAUCACCUGGUUGAUAAAAAUGACCUGAAGCCGGUGAUGGAGCAGUACGGCCUGGAGAAAGAGCAGGACAUGAAAUUCAUCAAGGAGAUGAUUGGGGGACCUCUGGACUCUAAUAAACAAAAGAAGUGGCCAUAUGAAGGUCGAGGCGAGGACAAGUCCUUCCUCUAUGAAAUCGUGGCCAAUAAAACAAAUGGCAUUGAUGUGGACAAGUUUGAUUACUUUGCCAGGGACUGCCACCACCUGGGCAUCCAGAACCACUUUGACCAUCACCGCUUCUUCAAGUUUGCCAGAGUGUGUGAGGUGGAGGGCGGGGGGAAGCACAUCUGCUCUCGAGACAAGGAGAAGGACAAUCUGCGUGACAUGUUUGAAAAUAGAAGUUCUCUCCACAGGAAAGCCUAUCAGCACAAAGUGAACAAGCUCAUAGAGACUAUGAUCACAGAUGCCUUCGUAAAAGCGGAUCCAUGCAUCCAGAUUGAAGGCUCAGGAGGGAAGACGUUCACUCUCUCUAAAGCUAUAGAAGACAUAGAGGCCUACACCAAGCUGACAGAUCGGGUGUUUGAAAUAAUACUCACUCCUCCUUCCCACAUCUACGUUUCCUGCCCAGAGGAGGAAGAAAUAAGGAAAUGUCUCAUCACAGCUGGAAAUUGCCCAGAGGUGAAAGCUGCGAGGGAGAUUCUCCAAAGGAUCAUAGAUCGAGACUUCUACAAGUGUCUGGGGAAAAUUAAGACUCAGAAACCCACCAAGGAGGUGAUAGAGCAGUGGAAAGAGGAAUUAGCUCAAACCAUCCCUGAUGUCGGGCUGACAGCAGAGGACUUUGAAAUUGUGGUCACUUCUCUCGAUUACAGGAUAAAGGGGAAGGACCCCAUCAGUAAUGUGUACUUCUACAGCAAGUUUGCCCCUGACAAAGCUUCAAAGAUUGACCAAGACCAGAUGGACAAGCUUCUCUCAGAGCGCUUUUCUGAGCCGUUCAUCCGGUUUUAUUGCAAGAGGAGGGAUAAAAAGAGUCUGGAUGCUGCCAAGAAACACUUCGUCCAGUGGUGUAGAGACAAGAACUUUCCAAUACUUGAGGUACAGGAUGGAAACCCAGAGGAAGACAGCCAAAACAAUUAAUAUGAAGAUGUGGAAGAUGAAGUUCAAACCUGAAAAAAACAAACACUUUCUGAUACUCACUGGUUCUUUAUAAUUGAAAAUAAUCAAAAAUGACCCUAUAAAUGAGAAUGAAUUAUUACACUAAAACCCUAUAGUCGGGUUUUCUGCCCUGUUCAAUAUUAAACACAUAUUUUUGUUUGCCUUUGAUCAUCUUCAUCAGCUGUUUUAGGCCUUCUCCAUCUGCAGCUGUAUGUCACAUUUAAACUGAAGCACAAUUUCAUACCAUGUUUCUACCAAAACAUGCCCUUCUGUAAAUCUUUUUUAUCCUUGCAUAACUACAGAGCUUUUAAAGGAGGAAAUUCAAAUCUACAAACAAAAGUACAACUGUGUAUUCUUUAUGAUGGUGACAAGCUGUAAAGCACUACCAACACAUGUAAUGGAGUCUGUUAUUUAAAGUGACAUUUAAUUAAUAAGCAUUUAAUUUGUGGUUUGAGGAUUUUGAAUAUUUAGUAAUAUUUGUAUUUUAUAUUAGUUGUGUGAGUUAACGUGGAAAUCUGAUUAGAUGUUAUUUUGACUUUAAAUCAUUUUUGAUCAGAGGUUGUUUUGGUGGUUUAGUUUAUUUAACUGCAUCUUUCCUCCCAACAUUUAUUGUCACUGUUUUUAAAUUGUUUUUGAAUCUAUUUUAUUGGUGGCAUCUUUUAUUGUAUCUUGUUUUUUCAUUUGAAUGAGUAUACCUUUUGAAAUCAUCUCAAUCAAUCUGAAAUAAGUAAUUAACAAUAAUUGAAUAAUUUGUGAUAGGUCAUUUAUUACUAUUAUGAUUAUAUUAUAUAUCACAUUUUUAUUAGUCCUAUUAUAUAGGUGAACUGGCUUGUUGUUUUCUUUUACGUAACCAUCUGUGGUUAAGACGAAGGUUAGGUAUUGUGUUCUGCUCAUUGUGUGAAAAUGUAUUAUAGUUGUAAUAUGUAAUGGGACUGUGGAGGGAUACCAAAGGCUAGUCAGUAGUGUUAACUGUAAUCCUGUUGAAAUGAUUUGAUAACAAAUUGUACCUGUGCUAUUUGAAACAAAGGUCGUUUUCUCUUUGUCGUGUAAUUAAACUCAUCCAACACCAAUUGUUUAGGUAUAUAUAACACUUAACUUCCAUAUUUUCUUUCUUACCUUGAUUCAUUUGUAUCAUCUGCAACAUUGAUGUAAAAAUAUGUAUGGAUAUAAAGAAGGGAGUUAAUGAU